UCGCUCGGACGCCGACCGCGCCACACGCCACGUACACCCAGCUCGCAUGCUCGAAGCGGCACCACGCGAAAAAACACAAUAAAACCAAUCGACCCCGAGUGACCCCAAAAGUGCAUACCGAGCGGCCGACACGAACGAAACGACUUCGCGAAUACACUCUAUUCAAAAAACUAACACUAACGCUUUGCAGUAACACGUGAGCUUUAUUAACUGUUAUUAUAAGUUAUAAUUAACGUAAAGGUGGAAAUUAAACUGUGCACUGGAAGAUAUCAAAGUUUUGAGCGAUUGUUUUAAAUUUAAAUGAUAACGGGCGAGGUGUGCUAGCGGCCGGUGGCUGUGCUCACACAGAAUGUCUGAAGGCGACGUGUCGUUGAUCCGCGACGAGGAUCUGCUGCGGCGUAUGUGGCAGCAGACGGAAGACUUCUCUCGCAAGAAAGAGAUUCGCGCGCACAUGUACCGCCUGCGGGAGGAGCGUCUGCGCGACCUGUACUCGCCCGAACCUCCCAGAGAGGGGAAAGGUAGUGAGUUCAGUGCUGCGCAAGGCCACGUGAAGUCGUUCGCGGACCAGAGCUUCCAGUCCAUGAAGAGCAAGGAGGUCCGCGACGCUGGCUCCCCACCCAAGGAGUUCACGUACCGCGGCCAAGAUUUGAAGGCGCUGUCGAACGCUGGCUGGAAUGUGGAGUCGGAGAACAAGACUACCGACGAUGGUCACACGCACGUCAAGUCUGUCCACGCCAACAUUGAAGGCAGAUACGAUGUGGAUGGCGGCAAAGGACAAUUUGCUGCCGUCGAUCAUCAUAAAGAAGCCGUCACCGAGUAUCACGAUGACAACAGCAGCUUGAAACGUAACGAGACCUCGUCGAACACAGCAGCUCGCGAACACGUCGUGCGCAAAACUGAUGACGGCACGCAGAUAUCGUCUACCACCAGCUCGUCGACUUCUUCGUCCAAGUUCCAGCAGAUGUCUUCGACGCGACAUGAAACAGUGCCAUAUUUGACUAACGAUGACUAUGACCUACGAAGUUAUGAUACUAACCGCAAUGAGGAUUCAUCCUCUGUAACGAGAAGACAGAUUUCGAAAACUAAUGACUACGAACAAAACUUGAGGAACAAUGACUAUGAAACGAAUUUGAGAAAAAAUGACUACCAACAAAAUAUAACAAGAAAUGAAUAUGAACAAAGUGUCAAAAAGAAUGAGUAUGAACAUGUCGUGAGGAAAAAUGAUUAUGAACAAAACUUGACCAGAAAUGAUUAUGAGACUGGCGAGCUCGUCUCUAGGAAAGUGGAUUACCCUGAUGACAACACCAGGGUAAUUGUAGAGACGCGGUGUUUGCCUGACGGAACUCGGGUUACCAGCACCAAGAGAGAAUUUCGGGCUCCAGUACAAAGCACUCGCUCCGAACAUUCAUACCAGACAAGGGAAAAUAAAUCCUACUCCUCCCAACAGCGAUCUGAUGCAAAGGAAUCCUCGAAAAUUAUACGACACGUUAUUGAUGACCGCGCCACUGACAUCGUCGAUUCCCAAAGAAACGUUGAUGAUUACGAUUUCAAGAGACAAAUUGCUGAAUACACUUCAAAAGACAAUAAAGAUUAUUCGGACGUGCAGCGUCAUGAAACAAAAGUGAACAAAACAAAUAUUGAUAAUUCUAAGUUGGAUGACGAAUAUUCGAAAACCACUCGCCACGUGACUCGAGUCAAUAAAGUAAUAGAGUCCACAGAUAAAGACUAUGUAAACACGCAGUUUACGAAUCAGACCCAUGACCGACAAUAUCAAAUUAAUGAUGUUCAUAAGGAAACGGCUGUCCGCGAGAUUCGCGCUGAACCAAGCCCGCCGCGUGAUCAGCGCCCACGUACAGUUACACCGCAAAAUGAUCGACCUAAAUCUUAUACACCACGCCACGAUCGUCCUGAAACGAUGACACCAGCGGAAAACCGCCGUGACACAGAAACACCUAAAAACAAUCGUCAUGAUAUAAGAUCUCCGCGCGAUGAUUACCGCGAGCCUGUAAGGCCUCGUGAUGACCAGCCGGUACCGGUGAAAGAUUACGUCCAACACCAAACCAAAGAUACCGAGGAGAGAGUACAUCACGUCACAAGAGAUCAAAAGAUUGAGGAAACUGUAGAAAGGAAGACAAGCUCUGAUCAUUACCAAACCACAUAUCAAACAGAUUUUCCUCAAAAAAAGAUCAGCAAUGACUGGAGUCCAUCACAUCAGGCGUGGGCUAGUACACUCCGUGCCGAUACACCUACUACCACGCGACCUUCAACUAGGGCUUCUUCUCCUGGUAGUAGAACCUUCAAGUCCAGCUCAUCUUCGCUUAGGAGCAGCGUUAGCCCUGAUAAAAUAUCCAGGAAGCCAUCAAGCAGAGGUGGUAGUCCAAACAAAAUUGACAGACAUUCGCCAACCCGUAACGAUAAAAACUCUACCACACAUUCUACCCAUAGUGUCACUGAGGUUAAAACGCAUAAGUAUACCAGUUCCGAUGAUAAAAGACCUCCCACUGGUCGUUCUCCAACUAGGCCGGGUUAUAGCCCUGAGAGAAAACCCCAAGACACUCGCUACAGGCCCAGCGUAAGUCCAGAAAAAAAACCAGAACUUCCAUUAAGGCCUAGUGCUAGCCCAGAAAGGAAACCAACACAGAGAGGUUCACCUACAGUGAGCCACCGUAGAGUUACUUCUCCUACUCGCUUAAUAGGAAGUCGGGACUCGCCAAUAGGAUCGCGAGAAAGUCCAGAGACAAAGCCCACUGAGGACCCUUCUCUUAGCUCAAACUUCCCACGGUCAAGUCCGGAAAGAAAUAUAAAUAAUUUGCCUAAAGAUACUGCAAGGAAACCAGAUCUGAGUCCUGAUAGAAAACCAGAGCACGGAAAACCUCAUGAUGGUCGUAAAACUCCAGUAUCCGAGUUACCCCGUACCACCUCUCCACCGCGAAAGUCUCACCCUAAAGAUAGCACAAACAGAGUUGGCUCAAGUCCAGACCGAAAGCCUAGUUAUCAUCCAGCAAGUCCUUCGUCAAAAACUCCUGACGACAUUGUUGAAAAGCAACCAAAAGAUGCCCCAAGAUCGAGUGUGAGUCCUGAUAGGAAACCUGGAUAUAUGAAGCCAACUUCUGCGAGCAAGCCGUCAGAUAACCUCAAGUCCCCAACGAAGCAUGCACCAAUGCAAAGCCCUGAGCGUAAGCCUAUGGAAAAAUCUACCAACAAAGUACAAGAAGAUCACUAUAAAUUUAUUGACGAGGAAACAAUAAUGUUCACCCGUAACGAUAAAACUAAGCCAAAGUUACCCUCUGAACAAAAAGAUCAUUCACCUUCAAGGAAGAGUCCCAGUAAAGACACUCCCGAUUUCUGUAACACGGAAUUGACAAGAAAGAGAUCACCUUCUCCCAAGGAUCAUGUUAAAUUUAUUGACCAAAAAGAUCGGGUUGAUGUGACGCAGCUCAAAACUAUUGAGGUAACCGAGGAAACAACGUCAAAAUAUCGUUCUCCGAAGGAAAAAGAUACACCCAGUGAUAAAGCUUCUCCAAGGGAGCCAUUGCCGGUUAAUUAUGGAACUUACGACAAAAAGAAACCGUUCGUUUCUGAUGUCACCGAGGUAACUACAACUUUUAGAGACAGUACCGAUGUAAAGGACGAUUCGCAACCACGUCGUCAAAAAUCUCCAAACAAAACAUCUGUACAGCCAACAUCUCCCACAAAGAAGUUGCCACGAGACAGCGUGUCCCCUGUCAAAUCGCCUUCAAAAGAUUCCAAACACAAACACACUACUGACUUUAUUACAACAGAGAUAACUAGGGAAGAGAUAAAUAAAAAAACUACUGAAGAUCGUCCACGAAAACUUGUUACCCCAUCCUCUAGCCCCACUAGGAAACCGAAACCUACUGAUACUGAACCAUCGACUGGUCAAAGCUCUCCUACUACUUCUGUAAGUGGUUUCGUAUACUUCAGCUCGCCACGAACUGAAAAGCACAUUGUCACUGACUUAGACGAUCAAGAAUAUUAUUCUGAAAUGCACUCCACCGACGAAACUAUUACUAAUAUCAGUAAAAGACCGGAAAGUCUAGGAGUGAACAGAUCACAAUCUCCUUCUAAGAUUCCUUGCAGAUCUCCAUCUCCAGAGAAACGCGCCUCGCCUUCCAAGGAUAGUCUGCCACGAAAAAGUUCUUUGAAGAAACCCUCAACAGAAGUAACUCAAGCUUCUCCAAUUGAAAAACCCCCAUCCAGUUUUCGUGUUUCACCCACAGAAGAACCAAAGGACUUCCCUGAGCACAAAGUGGUAAAAAAAGAUCGGCCGGAAGGUCCUGAAUCUGAUGCCGUCGUUGGCAAAAUAAAACCACCUUUAGAGCGUAGAGAGACGUAUGAGGAUCGGUGCCGAAAAAUUCUUGGAAUGAUGGAUGAUACGACUACAUCCGAAACGAUUAAAAAAACCAGUUAUUUGAAGGAGCCAGAGGCAAACUUGAGCUCUCCUAGUGUCUCUCCUUGUCGCAGUCCUGUUCCAAGAGAGACUCCAUUUGAAUAUCCAACAGUUAAGAAAACGACGCAGACUAAGGACGAUGUAACCGAGUUCAUAGUGCGUGAACAAGAAAAUAUUGUGAAAACAAGCACUGUAAUUAAUGAUGAUACCUGUAUUAAUAAAGCACCUCGGGAGAACUUACCAGUAAAGCUAAAAGAUGUGACAGAUAAAACUACAAAAAAACAUGAAAGAACAACUGAGGAUAAAGUAGAUACAAAGAAAACUGUCACCAAUAAGUAUCCUUCACCGAGGCAAAGUCCUGAGAGGAAGCACUGGAAUCAAAAGUUAGAAGAAGAUCAGAAACUGUAUCCUGACGACCUUCCGAGGUCGACUGCAGGUGUUGAACCUACUUCUAAAGACUUCAACAAGCCUCGUUCAACUCCAUUGAAACCAAAUACAAUAGGUGCCUCGCCAAGAUCUAGCAUAAGUCCUGAAAGAAAACCAGGGUAUAGACCGACUGAGAAAAAGGAUGACAGUAAAUAUCCUGACAAAUCUACUCCAGCAACACCGGGCUAUAUGAAAACCACUUCAGCUACUUCAUCCAAAUAUGAUGCUACGACUGAAGAGAAUGAAACAAUUAGGACAAAAACAACAAUUGAAAGAAAAGUAACACAAUCUCCAACAAGAAAAACUCCAUCUGAUAAACCAGUUGGUCCAGAUCAACGUUCUGACAGGAGUCCCCAGCGAAAACCAAGCACUGACGAAAGGGCACCAAUCAAGACAAUGCCUGAAAAUAAACCUUCUGACACGUAUCCCAGAGAAGCGUCUCCGUCUAGACCAAGCUACAAUAAAACCACAACUUCAAUGAUAGUUGAAUACGAUUCCACCUCCACGAUUGAAGAUAUUGAUCAGUCGAUGACUUCAGAAACUGUAUCAAAAAAGUCAUCCCCUCGUCCUUCAGUAUCUCCAACACGACGAGUCUCAAAACCGUCAGAUGACAUUCCAACAAGGCAGUCCAACAAGAGUCCAGACCGCAAGCAUAAAGACGACCUAGCUUCUACAAAAGAUGUUCCUGAGAGAAAGCCGACGAAACCAAAGGACUCCUCUCCAUCAGGACCGGGCUACAUGAAAUCUACUGCUUCUAUGACUUCAAAGUAUGAGACCACCUCCACUGAAGAUCUGCGUGAUACUAAUACUUCUAGGACGGUCCAAACAAGAUACUCAUCUUCACCCUCACGCAAAACUGUUAAACCUUCUGAUGGCGCUGAUAGCAGACCCAAUCAUCCUAAAGAACAAAGCCCUGAUCGCCAGCCUCACGCUCAUCAAGAUCGAUCUCCUACUAGGAAAUUAUCAGAAAACACUCCUGUAGACAAGUAUCCCAGAGAUAGUUCACCAACUAAAGGCAAACCUGAUAAAAUCCCUGGUUAUAUGAAAACUACUUCGUCUGUCUCAUCAAAAUAUGAGACUAUAUCCACCACUGAGGAAGAUGUAGAAGAAAAUACGUCUUUAACUAUAACUAAAAGCAAUGUGCGGCAGCCAUCAGACUCUCCAUCUAAAAAAGAACUGGAAAACUAUCCUCGUACUUCACCACCUAAGUCUACUACUGCUAAGCCACUGGAAGGCUUUUCUCAAACUAAGCCUGGACGUGAGACAGCACCUAAAUCAGGUAUAUCCGGCAAGCCAACUGGCAAUAAGCCAAACACUAUUGAGAAAACUCCUGAGUUCGUGAAGACAACUUCUCAUAUUUAUAAACAAGAUACAGUGUCCGCCACUAAAGAUUUCUUAGAAACCUGUAGAACAGAAAGGCAAAGUCCUCAUUAUACCCCUGAUUCACAAACUCCGAAGACAAGUGAUGAGUAUGGCCAAGAAACCGACCAUCCUCGAACAGUUUCACCAUCCAGGUCACACCCAACAGAUUAUAACUCAUCUAGACAUAGCAUUAGUCCUGAUCGUAAGUCUCAGCAGCCUUCUGAGCCCCUUGUGAAGAAACCAACCGAUGAAAAACGCAGGGGAGCAUCGCCUUCAAAGAAAAUUAUGAAUCCCGAAACUCCUGGUUACAUGAAAACUACUACGUCUGUUAAAACUAGACAUGAUGAGGAUUUCGAAGAAAUCACAUCCAGUAAGACCAGACAGAGUGUGCAUUCAUUAUCACGUCCAUCACCACCUAAAACGACUAAAUCAGAUAACGCUCCAAGUAAACCCGAUUUGGACAGAAGUCCUAACCGCAACCCACAAAAAUACACUGAGCCAUCACCGAAAGCUAGCCCAGAGAGACAAAUAGGUUACAAAUAUCCCAAGGACACUUCUCCGUCGCGAAAAACACCUGCCUCGGAAGAGACUGAACCUAGUAAUUUAAAAACCAUAACUUCUAUUAAGUCAACUUUGGAAGAUAUUAAGGACACCACGACUACAAAAAUCAAAGAAGGAUACCAUUCUACUUUGCAUCAGUCAGACACUUCACCAACAAGAAGAGGCACUAAGCCUACGGACAGUUAUAAAUCCACUCCGGAUCAGUCGCGAACACAUUCACCAACUAAGUCUCUACCAGAUGCCUCUGUGAAAAAAUCACCUGCACCUAAAGAGAGUAUUAACAAAUAUCCACGACACUCAUCUCCAAGAUCAAGUCCAGACAGAAAAACAACAACUGAUUCGGUUGUAACAUGUAACACUGAAACUAUUCCCACCACCGAAGAAAUUGAAACUACAGAAGAUACAGUACCCAAGCAUCCAUCAGUAGGAUCUCCUGAAUCGCCUUCACGCCGUGCUCCUUACGAACCAUCUAAAAAGCGUAGCUACCUUCAGCAACCAGAAGAGACCAGGCAGCUUCGCACACCUUCACCAAUGAAAAAAACCACAAAAAUUACUGAAGUUAGUACGGACUUCCUGAUGUCCGAGAGAGAACAGGAAAUUUUAGAUAGAGUCCAAAAGUCCCUUCGAAAAUUGUCUCCUGAUCGCAAAGAGAGAUCACCCAGCAGAGAAAAGAGCCCAAACAAAACAACAACCAGUUUGAAAGACAUUGAUAUAGCUAGCCACACUCUGAACGACGAUGAAAUUAUUAACGAAGAUGUAAUAGAUAUCACAGAGCAAUCAACCACUAAACAAGGAUCGCUUAUAGCUGAAAAAGUCAAGGAUUCCAAAGUCCCAACCAAAUUAUCUCCCAGAACUGUUUCGCCUACUAAGAAACCUUCAGGUAUUGCAACUCCAACAAAAACUGAUAAAAUAAGUCCGGAAUCACCCACGAAACCAAGAAGUGUUUCUCCCAAAAAACCAGUUUCAGCAACUGAAAGACCACAGUCACCGCAAGUGCGGCCAAGUGGAAUAAAACCUAAGGAGCCGAUACCUUCUCAUCUGACUAGAAAGGCGACACCUGCCACUUUAAAUAUCACCAAAACGGACAAAACUGUAACAGAUUUUAAGAAAACUUCAAAUAUUGGCUCUGUAACUAAACAAAAUAGUUUCAGUCGUUCAACAACCAAUAAAACUACUACAAAGACAGCCUCUUCACCUACGAGUCGACCUACUGAACCAGAAACUAAGCGAACCCCAACUCCUAAAGGCAUAAGGGAGAGCGUGAUCCCGACAAAGAAAGACAUCGACACGAAAGUGAUGCGGACUGUUAGUGAUAUUACAAUUAAGUCGAAGAAAACAUCACCUCAAAGAAUGAAAUCAAAGCCAGAAAUUCAAGUGAGUGAUAUGUCUACUAAAACUACAAAGCCUUCUAUUAAAGAACCACAUUCUAAAUUGCCAAGUAAGCCAAAAUCUGCUACGACAUUGAAUACUUCAACCGACGAAGAUGACAUUAUUAUUGAUGUUGAGCAAUCGAAAUCGUCGAGAGAAAAUUCACCUGAUCGUAUUUGUCCAACUCCCGUUAAUUUUGGAGAUGACGUUGGUACACCUCGAUAUCCUGAUGAAGUGAGUGAACCUGAUGAUGAUUUCCGUAGACGAACUCAUCAUACAAUCCAUGAGGCCGAGUCUAUCGUGGAUGACAUUGUUGAAAUUUGUGAAGAUGACGAACUUUUUGUUAGAAAGACUGAUGUCGACGUUGCGACUGAAGAUGACGAAAGCCUGCUUAGUGUAACAGACAAAGUAUCCAGAUUUACUAAAGGUGUUGAGACAGUAACGAAGCAUAAAGAUACAACUGCAAUAUUUAAAGAUACUGAAAGAAGGACACAUUCUGAUUUCAUUGAUGAUAAGUUGAAAUCUGAUGAGUGCUUAUUGUCUGUAUCGGAGAAAGUGAACAAGUUUGCCAGAGGACCAAGUGCUACUAGAGAUAGCAAGAGUCCCUCACGGAGAGUUACCGAUGAAUACGAUAAAAAUACUGUUUAUCAAGAUGACUACACUAAACUAAGUGUACACGACAAAGCACACUUGUUUGUGGAGACUGCAGAAAAUGCUAAGACUCCUAAAGUUAAACCAACUCCACAAAAAGUGGAGCGUCCUGACUUAACUAACGUUGAUGACUCAUUAAAGAGUGAUGAUUGCUUACUGAGUGUUUCGGACAAAGUACAUAAGUUUGUAAAAACAGCUGAGCAAUUCUUGACGGAAUCUCAGGAGGUCGAGGAGAAGGAAAAGCGAAUUAAAGAGCAACAUGACAAAAUCAUGCGCAAGAUAGUAGAUGAAGUUGAUGAUGAGGUAGAAAACUAUAUCGAGACGACGAAUGUUACCGAAGAUGUGGAAGUCACAAGCAAAAAGCCAGCAGACCGCCGUGAUGAAAAGCCCCAUAAACCAAGGGAAACUUCAUUGCUACCGAAGGUUAAAGAGUACAACAGCCCUAGUCUGAAAACCGCUGAUAGAACUCCAACCGUUAAAAUAACUACUCUUCGCAGCAGUGAAGCUGUUAAGAAGGCUAAAGCUUUGUUUGAAACAAUAGCCACCACUACGCAAAAAACAAAAGAAACCAUUAAAACUAAAACUGCUAAAUUAACAGACAUCGGAGUGACGAAAAAGUCUCCUAAACCUGAUUUUACUACUGAUAUCCAUCCCUGUAUUGAAGAUUCUUCUCCUAUUUAUAUUCCUGAUAAAGUGGGGGAUGAGGGUGAUGUUCCUCAAACCCAUAAAGAGCGACCGACAAGUGGUACACUCAGCCGGCCGCAAUAUCCUCGUACUGAUGAUAAGCCACGGAGCAGCCCGUCACGUUUAGUGGCCCAGUCUCCAGAAAUUCCAAGGUCUAAGUCCCCAGGUUAUCAAACUGUGGAAACCACAACUACAUCCAAAACUGUGUUAUCAAGAUAUCCGACUACUCAAAGAGCUGAAUCUCCGAGUCAGCGACACGAGCCUCAAAAAUCCGAUAGAAUUCCUGGAUACCUUCGUCCAACAAAAACUAGCCAAAUCAAGGAGGAGACGAAGGUGGUUGAGGAUACCGAAGUAAGCAGUCGACGAGGGAGCGGCAAGUUUGGUGUAGAGCUUCGAAGAACCAGUGUUGAAAGAUCAACGGCAAGUAGCGAACGCCGGCGAAGCGUCGAGCACCCCUGCAUCGAAGACAUCUUCGACCUGGACCUCCUGGAACAAAUGUUGGAAAAGGUCGUUGGUUACGAGCAGAGGCGUCGCAUCAGAUCACAGAUUCGGAUUGCUAGAAAAAAAGUCGAGAGCGACCAUAUUGACACUAACACUUACACUAAAACUACAAGACAAACUAUGACUACACAAAAGCUGCGGUCACCGGAACGCCUGAGGACGAGAUCACCCGAACGGGCUCCAAAAUCUACCCUCCAUAAAACAAAAUCCCCUGAUCGUCAUGCUAAAACACCCCAGAGAAUGAUCCCCGAAACCACCCGAGUACCAGAACUUGCGCAGCCUAUGCAUAAUGGGCACGCUAAAGAGCCAACCAGAACUAUAAGUGACAGGCGCCCCAGAACACACAGUCCUGAGAAACCUGCUCCAAAAUCCGUUCCCAAAUCAAAAAGUCCGGUUCGUCAACCUAGUCCCGACAAAAAGACACGACCUCAGUCUCCUAACAAAACAAUAACUUCUAAACCUAAACCCAAUCGCUUUAAUGAAUAUGCAUCAGCUUACAUGAAGAAAGUGGGUUUGAGUGAGGCUGAUAAGGUUAGAUUCGCCGAAGCAAAAUCAAGGAAAGCAGCAGAAGACAGACAGAGAACCAUCAAGCAUUCAGAAGCACAUAAAGUAGUGGAAGAAUACUCCACAACGAAAAGCUUCACUGCGAGGACUUCAUCUAAGGAUACCAUCGAAGUGGUGCAGAUGAAUGGAACUAACAAGAGGUCACCGUCACCUGAAAAGCGUCAGAGUCCUGAACGAAAGGCUCAGAGUCCUGAAAGAAAGGCUCAAAGCCCGGAAAGAAUUUACGAGCGAACUCCAAGUCCCACCCGUAAACAGGUUAAAUCAGAACCUUCUAAAAAAGAGACAAUCAUAAAAACUGUUUACGAAAUUGAAAAGAAGAUACCGCAGAAAUCAGUUCAGGAAGAGAAGCCGUCGUGGGUGACCAACAGGAACCUCAAGAAGAUUAGUUCGGAAACCAGAACGUUCAGCAGUAAGAAGAUAGAAGAGAAGCCAAAGUACAGAGCGCCCAGUCCCUCCAAGGUCAUCCCGAAGCCUAUCGACGUGAUCACGUCCAGCUACGGGCCCGGGCCGCUCGACGCUGACGGCAAACCACUGUUCGGUAUCAGGGCUUUGAGGAACGGUGCAUCUAACUAUCAAGUGAAAGGCACGGUGAUCCGCCAAGAGUACCACUCCCGCAACGGCGGGGAGCCCGAGGGCACAGUCUCGGUGACCGCGUACUCCACGGAGCCCGAAGACCUGGAGCGCCUGCUGCAGAGCCAGGGGGAGCCCCCCUCCCGCAUCCACGGCCUGGCUGCCAUCACCACCACCAAGAAAUUCGGCGGAGACACGGGAACGACGCUCAAGGAAAUACAUGGGAGAGAAGAUCGCGCCGCCAUAGACCAGUUCACACACAGUGACCGGCGCGUCUCCGACUCCAAGGUCGAGGAGAUCUCCCAGAGAAGCUACGACUCCAGAAGAGAAGAUAUCCUGGGGGAAACCAGACGUAUCGAGAGCAGACGGGAGGAGGUCAUUGGCGACCGCCUCCGACAGGCCAGGGAGGAGAUCGUGGACAGUGCUAAGGACAGGAGGGAAGAUAGGACCGAGAGGAUGCAGAGGCGAGUGGAGAAGGUGGAGAAGAAGGGAGACAGGACGCAGGAGAGGAAGGAGCGGAUAGAGAGGACGGAUGAUAAGAAGACUGUCCGACAGAGCUCCGUCAAGUCACUCACCGAGAAAUACAUCAAGAGUGCCAACGAGAGCUCUAAGACGGAGCGCGCCGCGUACCCGAAGGCGGGGCUGAUCCUGCGCACCGCCACCAUGAAGGACAGCGUCUCCAGCGACUCCUCGGCACAUGCUGGUCUGACCCGCACAGACAGCGAGCACAGCCUGGGCUCAGUAGAAGACACCGUGGUGACGACAGAACGCGUGGAUGGAGGAGUCAGGACGGUCACCACCACAACCAGGAGUCACGGCUCCGUGCAGCGCGGAGACCGCUCCUUCCUCGACAGCAACACCAAGGUCACAGGCGUCCAGGACAUACUCACCAGGAUGAAGAAUGCUGAUAUAGUGAUCCAGGAGGGCGACACGACGGAGGACACGGAGGCGCGAGCGCUGCUCAACAAGUUCCUGGGCGCCACCGUGCUCAUGGCCGGCAUGCAGGGCUACGUCACUGAGAAGCCGACCGGCAAACUCGUCGUCAAGCAGGAGACAGUUCGCACCACAAGCAGUGGAGGCGGCAAGGUCACCAGCUCGCAGACCAGCACCCUCGAGGACUUCGACGUCGACCAGUGUUGGGACGAGCGUCUUCUCAGGAAACUCUUGGACGAGUGCAACGACUACGAGCAACGUCGACGACUGCGCGCGCGCAUCCGAACACUAAUGGCGGAACAAGAAGCAUGCGCGAGCGCCGUGACGGAGGCGCUGGCGGCGGCGGGUGAAGCUGACGGCGCGGACGGCGACAGUCGCGGUGAGUCCCUCCUCCUCCCGCUGCUGCAGGGGCUGCUGGGCGGCGGCGGCGAGCGCCUGCUGGCCGGGCUGGGCGCCGCGCCCGCCGACGUGGUGGCCGACGUGCGGCGCUCGCUGGGCCGCCUGCGCGCCGCACUAGCCCCGCCCACCGAGCACCCGCAGGCGCGCGCGCUGCUGUCCCUCGCCGACCGCCUGGAGGACGCGCUGGACGCCGCCGACCGGCUGGACGGCUGCCGCCGCAAGCCGCGCCGCCGCAGCCGCGCCGCCCGGCACACCGUCGGCGUCACGCACGAGGAGCUCGAGGAGGCGCGCCGCCUCGUAGACCGCGACCAGCUGGCGCUCGGUGCCAAGGGACCUUCCUCCUCCGGCGCCACCUCCACAGCCUCCAUGGCGACUAGCACGGAUGAACCUUCCACCCCAGAACGCAAACAAAGUGUUGACGAGUCCGUUAGCUACCACGAUGCGGUGGCAUCCCGACAGAAACCCACGCCAGUAGCGCACUCCGUCAGCUACGAAGCACCUAAAAUAAACCGAGACGCUAACGUCGUCGUAGAGAAGCGCGCCCCGACCACUCGUAAACCCGACUUUUAUCGGCAUUCAGUCGCGGAUGCGGGUGGCCAACACUCCCAACCCCACCAACAAGCACCAAUUCCCCAAAAACCGCGACCACAGGUACAACAACCGCCACCGCCCCCGCCAGUGCAACAACCGCAGCCGGUGCACGCACCCCAGCUGCUGUAUCAGCCCCAACCACUUCAUCAGACGUACCAGCCUCAGCCACGCAUGGAGCGGCGCCCCUCAGAUUCCAAGAGUAGCAUAGCAGCUAUGGCUAACAAAUUUGAUUCACAUGCACAGAAGGAAAACAUACCUCGCCGCGCCCCCGUACAGACAGCGCCACAGAUACAACAAAAGGAAUUUAAGCGCGAAGACCCAAAACGUGCCCCAUUAUACAUGCCCCUUCCGCCCACUUAUAAUUUCGCGGCACCACCAACCGCCACGCAGGAUGACUCCAAGCCACUUAAUAGAUUCGGGAGUAGUAAUAAUAAACGCCUCCGUAUGAAACGCGCUAAUACUAUCGAUAUAGGUAGGCCUUUCGGUGGGUACCGCAUGGACAGCGACAAUGAUGACGAAACAUCUCCUCAUCCUAUUGUACCGGAGUUUAGACCCCAGACAGAGAAUGAUAGGAAAUUUGUAGCUUUUAUGAAGAAGAACGAGGCAGCUGACCGAGAGGCAGUUGGCGUAUCUGGCCCUGCCAACUGGAGCAGCAGGUUUGGAAAUAUUAAGAACGCAUUUGAGAGUCGAGAGCGCGAGGACAACAGUACGAACAGCAGGUCGUCCAGUGCGUCAUCUGCCCGGCGCUUCUGGCGCACAGCAGAUGAGACUGCGGUGAACCCAGCUGCCGCGAGACCUAGAAAGUUCUUCAAUGGAAGUAACAAUGAUAUAGUGAAACCCCCGUGGGUAAACGAAAGAAGGGAACCGAUGCGCGUGCAAAUUCCGCGACAAGUGCAACAUCCCCUCCCUCCGCCAUCCGCGCCGGUUAACGCGCCCGCGCACCGCCCCGCGCCCGUCAUCACGCCGUCGUCGGCACCCAUCCUGCCGCCGGCGCCAGCACCGCCAGCACUAACCGCACCGAUCGCGCCGCCGUCGCAUCCACCGGUUCCGCAGUCUCCCACAAAACCCCUCGUUGUUAAACCAUUCGUCGCGAGACCCAUACCUGUAAAUCAGUUCUCUCACGCGCCUAUGUCCGCGUUUAAACCUCCAGCUAAAGUGACGUCACCAACGGCAGCACCUGCAUACAUAUGGAGUCCUCCUUCCGUUUUGAACGUUACCUCACCCACGGUCGACCAUACGCCCGCGUUCCCGGUAAACCCAGUGCCUAUCGCUCGAAGCCCGCCUGUGCCAAGCAAACCUUGGGCCACUGACACGGAAAAACCAAAGAGGGUAGUUAAUAUGGCUACCACGAAGUUUGAAAACAAUAAGCCAGAUCCCGUACUUCCGCCUUACCGGGAAAGGCCAUCCGCGUUUAACCCGACCGCACCACCGACUCACGCACUCCCGCAAAUGCAAAAUUAUCCGGUCAAGACGAUACCCAGUCAGAAUGACCUCUCAGCCCCAGAACUCGUGCGUAAAGUGGAUGACACCAAAUUCCCAGUGCAAGACUCGUAUCUACCAAAGGUUGAUGCGCAAAAAUUACAAAUUGAGUUCUAUGAGAAGCAAAUUCGUGAAAAGAACCGUCGAGAAACAGCAAUAAACGGUCACAGUGAUCCCAUAGAACGAAAACCCCCUGCGCCGCCUGCCUACACUAUCACUGACUACACGCCUUCCAGUGGUGUCUCUACGUUUGUCCCACUGCAACGCACGCCAGACAUAGAGAAAGCUCGCGCACAUAAGGUGGAUUACCUGCCAGAUGUUGUCACAAAUGACACAGACAGACUCCGCAGCGGUGCCUCGCCGCACCAGCCGCGCGGCCCCGCCAGCCCCUACUCACCACGAGCUAACAAUGCGCCAGAAUCGCCCCACACCUAUCAGAAUGGUGACGUGCCAUACACUAAUGGUGUAGACGAAGGGGUCACGACAGAACACGACAGCGUGGUGACCCGUGUGAUGCGCGGCCCGGUGCGAGGCGCGGCGACUAUCACGACAGGUGUGCGCACGCGCAACGACGAGGGACGUCGAGGCUCGGCCGCCGACAGCUUGCGUGGCGCGCUCGACAAGUUCUCGUCACCGAAAAACGACGUCCUCACGCAGAUCGAACGGAAAAAACGCGAGACGGCGAGGUCCCAGGUACGGGCCCCUGUAAAUACCGGCCGCUCCCCCCUGCUCGCGCCCGCAUCCCCGCACGCCCCCCAGUCCCCCGGCGCGCUCGCCGCGUCCCGCGAGUCUGUGCUGUCCAGCGAGUCUGCCGGCAGCCUGGGUUCCAACCCGCUCAGCAGGUCGGGCUCGUGGCAUCAGAUGGUCGCUAGUCCCAAGUCGGCCUCGCCACGACGAGUUGUAGCCCGCGCCAAAUCAAUGCACCUCCUAGCCGUGCCCAAGCUGUACGAAGGUGGGAUCGCUCGCGAGGAAGUGACGGAAAAGAAGCGAACUGUGGAAGCGUAUUUCUCGGGGCAGCAGCAGCAGCAGACGUCGCGGGCGGCGACAGCGGGCUCGACGCGGCCGCGGGCGCUGCGCCAGUCGUUCGCGGCGCCGCAGGCGUACUCGCUGGGCCGCAGCCGCACGAUGCCCACGGUGUCGGAGCUGCAGUUCCUGGACGAGAGCAACACAGAGGACGCGUUCGAGGACCUGGUGUCGGCGCUCGCGUAGCGUAGCGUCGCAACAUUCCACUAGUUAGGAGCGGGAGACGAGCGAGACGCGCAGGAAGAGGAAGUAACUGUGACAUCGAGCGUGAGGAGGAACUCGUCAGAAACUGUUAGCACUAGCACUACCACAACUAAAACAUCUAAAGUGAUAGAGAGUAUGACCAGGCCAGCGCCCAAGCCCGUGUCGCCGUUCGCCAAGUUCCGGCAGCUCGAAAAACAAAAUUCAACUAACAGUCCCAACCAUAUCUGUGGAUACGAAUAAGGAUUAGAUACAACUCGCCCCAGACCCCGCAGAGCCCGGGCUCUCCGGCGCAGCCUUACUUCAAGUUCACGGACCCCGCGCUGCAAGCCAGCGCCGUCACUAUUAAAGAGCGAUUGCUGCAGUGGUGUCGCGACAAGACCCGGGACUACGAGAAUGUGAAGCUGGAGAACUUCUCGACGAGCUGGGCGGACGGGCUGGCGUUCUGCGCGCUGCUGCACCACUUCCUGCCUGACGCCUUCGACUACUCCAAGCUGUCGCCUGACAAGCGCCGACACAACUUCACGCUCGCCUUCAAAAUUGCCGAUGAGAAGGCGGGCAUCUACCCGCUGCUGGACGUGGACGACAUGGUGACGAUGCGCAAGCCGGACUGGAAGUGCGUGUUCACGUACGUGCAGUCCAUCUACCGCCGGUUCAAGGACCAGAACUGACGUCACCCGGUCGCCCAGCCGUCCAGCCGUCCCACUGAACACCGCCUGUCGCCACUACCAACAUAUUGAAGCCUCGACGGAUAAUUGAUUAGACUCCUCCCAUGUCUAAGUUGGCGAUUAUGUUUAGAGGGCUCCAAUGGUUUAGUCAGGAGAUUUUCCAUUAGCAAAAUUAGUUGGUCCAUCCACUUUAGGCGUUGUAAUGGCAGCAGACGGUGUUCAAGUCCGCGGGGUUCAGGCGUCAGCGCCGAGUAGUAGUUCGCUGUAGUCACAAAUAGUACGUUACGAAGUGUGUUAUAAAUCCAAAGAGCGUAUGUUGUUGAUUUGUUCGUUUGUUAUAAAUGUUUAUAUGUCAGUGUCCGCCCAACUCGUAUCUCCAAGCGCUGUCUCGAUACAGUCCUCCUAUUUAUUAUAAUCUCAAGAUGUGAUUUUUUCUACGUUAGCUUGUAAGUUUUAACUAACAUUAAUAUAAUAUAUCGAGCGACUUCAGCUAGGUCGUAGUGUAAUGGCGCACUGCUAAGGAUCGCUUGCACUUAUAUACCCGCACAUAAGAGAGUAGUAUCCUUGUUAUCAGUGUACAUACUGUUUCACGAUUACAUUUAACAUAUUAUUAUUAUAUGAAUUUGACAUUAUUAAUAACAGCGGCUUGAUGUAUUCGCCUACUGAUUUUAUGAAAUUUGAUAUUAUUAUAUGAUUAUUCUGUUAAUUUAUAUUGAUAAUGAAAUAAAUAUUGAUUAACAAAAA